AAGAGAACGAACCUGGCAGAAGCACCAAUGGUGAAGAGAACAAAGGAGGAGAGGAGAACGAAGGUGUCAACAGGGAGAAGACCGCAAGGCGCUGCGAGAAGGUCGGAAAAAGCGAGAAGAGCCGCAGGCGUUGGAGACAGAACGAGAGAGACGGGGCGUCUCGAAGGAGUUGCAGAGGAACGACAGACAGCAGGAAGAAAGGAAAGGCGCGCAGAAGACAAAAAAUGAAAAUCAGCAGCUUUCUUUUUGAGUGGAAAGGGAACUAAAAAAGUCAAGAUGAGACAGAGAAACGCGUUUGUCCAUCUCUGUUUCACGCUGUGAAAAGAAGCGACGAAAAGGAGACCUGAAAGCCGCGAAAAGCGGCCUCUCUCGCAUGUUGUCUCUCGGCUUUCUCUCUCUCUUGAGCGCGUCCUGAACUGCUGCGUUUCACUUUCUCUUUCUUCCUGGAACGUUUUUUCCUUAGCUCUGUCGGUUUUCAUUUUCAUGCGUCCUUCUCCGUCUCACCUUCGUUUCACACAGGCCGACGUCCUUUUCUCACCCAUCCCACUGCCUCCCUCCGGAUUCUCGGAGUUUUCCCCUCUGCUUUUCCAGUUUUUCUGUUUUUUCUCCAGCCGCUCCAGUCAUCUUGUUUUCCUCCUCCCUUCCCUCUCUUCCUCUCCGAGGACGAAACGCUUCUGUGGGGUCGGAAAAUUUCCAUGCUCGUUUUUGCGCGGCUCGUGCUCUGCACUGCAGCGGCGGCGCGAGCGUACACUGGGGCUUUGCUCUUCUUUUCCGGCUUUUCUCGCGAGCUGCACUAAGUUUUUCUCCUGCGCCGCUCUGCCCAUCCUCCCCUCCUUCGACUCUGUGCUCUUCUCUCUGUGUUUUUCUGUCUCCUUCCCUCGUUCUGUGAACUGGGGUCCUUGUCUUCGUCGCCCACCUUCGGAAGCCGCUCUUCUCCUCGCUUUUCUCCGCAAGUGCAGAAAGCGAAGUUCUCCACCGGCGUAUAGAAGGACAGAAGGAGAGAAAGAGCGAAGGAAGCGGCGAGAAGGCGCGUCUCUUUUGGGGGCCGCGCGUUUCUUCUCUCUCCAGGGAAACGGUGCGCAAACCGCUCCUGCGUCACUCUUCUCCGCGUCACUCUUUAGAGUUUCGGAUCGCGAGCCGAAGGAAGAAACCAGAGAAGCAGCCGAGCCAUUGCCCGAGACGAAACUCAAACAAUCACAGAAUAUCAUGCACUUCUCGUGAGUGAACCGUGGACGAUCUCCGCGUUUCUGCCACCCUGCAGAAACUUCGUUAGGUGCGACCUGGCUAACUCUUCUGGGUCGCCCAGACUCUGACAUUCUCUCUGAUCUCUUCAGGACAACUGAGUCUGUUCCGGUUCCCUCGACUCUCGCGUCCUCCUAGCGCCGGCAAUCUCUCUUCUGCACUUUCUCUGCUCUCUUUUUUCUGCUACUUUUUCUCAAUCGUCCGGUGCUGCUGUCUCUGACGGCGCCGCGUUUCUUGCGACUCUUUCUUGGAUUUCACCGCCCCGCCUUCCUCGGCCUCUCCCUGUAGCUUCUCUCCUCCCGCUGGCUAUCUCUUCUCUCCAACGAGCGCAACUGUGCCACUGUAUGUCUUUCGUCGGGUGUGCGGUGUCGCAAGAAGCGCCGACUCUCGCUGUCUGCUCGCAUCUGUUUUUGCCUCGCUUUCUUCCUUGCCCUCUCUCCUUCUCUCCAGUGGAGCCCUGCACUCGUCUUGCAUCUCUUGUUUCGCGGACUCCCUGAAGCGCACAGCUGCAGUCCUGCCAAGAAUUUCUCCCCGGGGGACCUUCGUUGUGUCGUUCGUCGUCCUUCGCGUUGCCCUCACUGCGCGAGGUCUCUGCCGCGUCCUCCACUCUCCGUCAAACGCACAACUGCUCCUCGACGCC